GCGUUUUGGCGGGCUCUGUCAGUCCCCUCACGGCGUCUCCCUUUCCCCAGCCAUGCCCGCCUCCGAGGCCGUGCCGCAGCCGUCCCCCAGCAAGAGGCAGAAGGGCUCGGGUCCCGGCGAGCACAGCACACGGCUCCGCUUCACCAAGCUGUCCGAGAACGCCGUGGCGAUGCCGCCCCACUCGGCGAGCCCUCGGGCGCGGGGCUCCUGUUUCUUUCUUUUCUGUAGUGCCUAUGACUGUGUGAUACCACCCAUGGAAAAGGCAGUAGUGAAAACAGACAUUCAAAUAGCACUUCCUUCUGGGUGCUAUGGCCGAGUAGCACCACGUUCUGGUUUAGCUGCAAAGCACUUCAUAGAUGUUGGUGCUGGGGUUAUUGAUGAGGAUUACAGGGGAAAUGUUGGUGUAGUACUCUUCAACUUUGGCAAGGAGACUUUUGAAGUUAAAAAAGGGGACAGAAUUGCCCAGCUCAUCUGUGAACGCAUUUAUUAUCCUGAGCUAGAAGAAGUUGAAGCUCUGGAUGAUACAGAACGUGGUGAAGGUGGCUUUGGUUCUACUGGGAAGAACUGAAAAUUACUUGAAUAUGCUUUAUUUUUUUUUUCGUUACACUGUUUCUAAAUUUUCAUUUGAAUUAGAAGUGGGAUUUUAGGACUGCAUAAGAACAUUUCCAGUUUUAUUCCAGCUUCUCUGUAUCCUCCUGUCUAUUUUUACAGGCAGUGAAUUUGCAUAAUGGGGAAAUGUGCACUACUGGCUUGGCUGAUCAGUUGAUGUUUGGUCCUCAGCAAUAAGACUGUGUUGUUUAUGUGUUGAUUAUACUCUAAUAAAUUAAAAAAUAACUUCA